AUGCUGUCCAGGCUCCUGGCGCUCCUCAGCCUCACGCAAGUCGUCCGGAGCCACCAGAGUCCCUUCGCGCUUGCAACGGAACCGUCACCGGCAUCGAAGAAUGACUCUUACCUUGGUCAAGAGAUCGAUCUGUCGUGGCCAGAAGGAGGCAUAUGGUCUCUAUGCAGUGGUGCCUCUCAUCAGCUUCCCCUGCCGCUACGCUGGACACGAGCUGACGAGGAUCUGCACAAGGAUCGUGCGUCCAUCAGUGCGUCUGCUGAUGAGCUGCAGUGGUGGCUCACAAGCUACAAUGGAUCCAUCUCCGUGCCUGCCUUGUUCCCAUCGCAGGCACACCUCGAUGUUCUGAGUGCAGGUAUCAUUGCAGAGCCCUCCAUCGGACUCAACGAAGGCACGUCCAGGUGGAUCAUCGAUGACACAUGGAGCUAUACUGCGUCUUUGGAGCCCUUACUGCCUCAUCUUGCAGGCUGGGAUACAUUUCUCCUCUACUUUCAGGGCCUCGAUACAAUUUGCGAUGUCAAGCUGGGUGAUACUCUUCUCGCUCGCACAGACAAUCAGUUCAGGGAGUGGCUCUUCGAUGCAGAAGUCAUCCGCACAGCACUUGCCGCAAAGGUGUCACCCAACAUCACCCUAACCUUUCACCCCGCAACCGCAUACGCUCUAAACGAAUCUCUGCGAGAGCCUCACUAUCCUGACCAGCUCGAGAAUCCGGACGGCCCAGCCUCGAGCGUGUACGAGUACCCCGCCAGGAACUUCGUUAGAAAGACUCAGAGCGACUUUGGCUGGGACUGGGGACCAGCAUAUGCUCCCGUGGGUCCUCAUAAGCCUGCAUAUCUCAUUGGUUUCCGAGAUUCCUCAGAUUCACAGGUAGACUCACGUACUCGUGCGAGCGGCAAGACAUCACAAGUCUUCGUCAGGUCCACCUCGCUAGAGGUGUACAAAACCGGCUCACGCAGCAAUCUGCCGCCAAAUCAAGGGGCAGAUUGGACUCUGAAUGUCACGCUUGAUCUCUACUCCACACUGAGUAUCGACGAAGCCUACUUGGACGUCGAGGUCCUCGAUACGCCUCACAAGGCCAGACUGCGACUGCCCAGCCUCAAGGCCGGCAACAACGACGGCCUCUCGGUUGCCUUCGAGGUUCAAUCUCACGGCGAGGAUGCGCCAGAGCUCUGGUGGCCUGCCAAAUUCGGUAAGCCCAGACUGUACGAUGUACGUUUCACGCUCGCUACGCCGUCCAACAGUAGAGACUUGGCCAUCUGGUCCAAGAAGACCGGCUUCCGGACUGUGGUCCUCAACCAAGAGCCCGUCACCCCCGCAGACGUUGACUCCGGCUGGGCUCCUGGGGCUUACUUCCACGUCGAGAUCAACGGACAGAGAAUCUACGUGCAGGGCUCCAAUCUCAUACCACUCGACACAUUCUAUCCACGGGUCUCCCUCGACAUCAUCUCUUGGCACGUUCGAUCUGCCUUGCUCUCUGGGCAGAACCUCCUCAGAGUCUGGGGUGGAGGUCUCUACCAGUCUGACGCCUUCUACGACCUAUGCGACAAGCUCGGCAUACUCGUCUGGAGCGAAACCAUCUUUGCCGUCUCGAUGUACCCAACGUACGACGAGUUCAUAGACAAUGUGCGAGUCGAGGUGCAGGAGAAUGUGAGGAGAUUGAACCACCAUCCUAGUCAGACGCACUGGGCGGGCAACAACGAGGGCGAGCAGGGGAUGCUGGCCACCAACAGCUCACUUGCAAACGGAACUGUCUACCAGCGUCAGUACGAGUACCUCUUUGAUCAAGUCAUCCGUCAAACAGUCCUAGACAAUUCGCGCGGAAUGAGCUACAUCCCCUCCUCUACUACGCAUGGCUACCUAUCAUUGGAUCCUUACGUCCCUCGCUAUCUCAGCAAGAAGGAAGGCGAGGUGUACGGAGACGGCGAGUACUACGGCUACAGCGUUCCGCACUUCUUCAAUACCUCCACCUACUCCUACGAGACGGAGUACCGUCUGAUCAACGAGUACGGGAUGCACUCAAUGUCUUCCAUUUAUGGACUGCGUCGGGUUCUAGAGAAGGAAGAAGACUAUGCCUUCAACUCCACCGUCGUGCGCGCUCACAACAAGCACUCACCGGCUGGAAGUCUAGAGUAUCCCUUUCCAGCCGACGAUGGGCAGGGUCAGAUGUGGCAAGGAAUCAAGACGUAUCUCCCGGUCCCGAAUGUCACAGACAACGAGUUCGACAUAGAAGAGCAAUCGCUCCUAUCUCACCUCGCCUACCUCACACAGGUCCUCCAGGCAGUCUACAUUUCCACGCAGACCUAUCACUACCGCUAUCGCGCCUCUCUUCCCUCUCGCAAUCUCGGCGACGUCUACUGGCAGCUCAAUGACGUCUGGCCCGGCAGUACUUCCUGGUCUUCAAUGGAGUGGGGUGGCAGGUGGAAACUUCUGCAUUACGCUAUGAGCAGGGCGCAAGGUCGAAUUGCAGCCUAUCCAAUGUGGAAUGCAGAUGAGGAAAGUCUGAGUCUAGUGGUUCUGAGCGAUGUAUUAGGUGUGGAAGGCAAUGUACAGGGUGUGCUGAAGGCAACAUGGUACGACUGGAGUGGGAAGAUGAUCAACAGCACCUCCUAUCCCUGGUCAAGCACCGGCAUAGGAGCUUCAGUGGUCUCGCCAUCUUUGCCUCUUUCCGAAUACCUUCCGGAAGGGGUUGAGCCAAGAGACGCAUGGCUCCACUUGGUCUUGACCGGUUCUGUCAGCGGCAAUAGCACCCUGCUGCACUCCGCCAGAUACCAAAACGAAGAGUUCUGGUCAAUCCCGACCUCACUGCGGGAUGUGCCCUUGCUCGACCCCGGGCUCACCAUGCGGCAUUUGGGAAACGAUCGGUUCAUCGUCUCCAUGGACGAGACCUCUACAGUUGCUCCCUUUGUAUGGUUGGAACAUCCCGAGGGCGUCUUGGGCUACUUUGCGCAGGACAACGACGAGCAAUUGCCGUCUAAUGGCUUCUGGUUGAGAGGAGGGGAGAGCAGGAUCGUCAGAUUCGUCCGGGCGUUCGACGAUGGGAGCACUACUAACGAUGACUUCGUGGUCCGGAGCAUCCGCGGCUGA